AUGAAGAUUGAGUCAAUUCUAAACCAGUUCAGCGAACUUGACACGGAAGCGAGAAAUAGUCGAGAAAGCCCGCAGCUUUUCAAUGAGCAGAAGGAACAGAGAGGCCCGUCAUUGUCACUGUCGACUCCGUCACCCGACUGCACUCAGUCUAGAACAUCUAGUGUGCGAUCCGAUAGUCGAACUCGUACGCCCUGGGAUGCUGGUGGUUACUCUCUGCCAAGGGAUAUUGGCCCCAAGAACUCCUCGCGGCCUCCUUUCACGCCAGUGCCUUGGGAGGAGCAGCAAGAAUCUGCGAGACGUCAGAAUGCAUCUAAUCACCACCCCAGACAAGUAUCAAUGGAUACAUCGGCCAGUAUAAGUCUUCCUGGUUCCGCAGGAUCAUAUGCGCUACCAGUCCGCGAGCGCCGUGCUUCUCAGCAUAUGAGAAGAUCAAGUCUCUGGACGGAAUACAACACGUCGCCAGCUUCAGCCAGCCAUAAGAUUUCAGACAGCCGCAGCAGUUUCUCAUCUUGUUGCUCAUCGACCUUCUCCGCUGGCCAUUCUAGAUUCUCAUCGGUAUCUACCAUCAAUGGGAGUAAUACGGUAGGCUCUGGCAUCGCUGACCUGGAGGCAAAAUUGGAGCGGCUUCCAAGGAUAACAGCGCCUCUCCCUCCAGUGACAGUCGGUCUGUCUGUGAAGUCGCAUGCUCGUCAGCGUACCAAUGGUGCUGGGUCGUUGUACUUGGGUAGCCCAUCUGACACGAUUCUAGAGGCGAGGAUGAUGAGAAGAAAGCACAACCACUUGUCAGAAGAUCAAACGAAUAUACUGACUCUGUUCCUUUUAUUCAGCUAUUUGAAGCCAAAAGAUCAGUUCCUGAACUCGUUAGAUCGCGUUCACAAGCGAACCAUCUCGGCACCAAGCCCCGCCCAGGGCUCUAGUCAUUCUUUUCCUCAAGCACCAACUUCUCUGCCACAAUUUACGUCCCGACAGCUUCAUCCUCCGACACAACUGUCACCACAGAUCAACACAUCUCACGAUCGUCUCGGCAUCGAGAAGUAUCCCUGGAUCAAUACGGGAGAGAGCUCUCCUGCAACUAGUAGUGCAUCAACAAGAUCUCCCUUCCAGCCUCCGGACACUGUGAGGAUGCAGUCCAACGGGACUCUUCCAGGUGCAUCUGGACAGGCAGCGUACCAUGCUAACCCAAAUGAUCGUGUGCUUGCUGCAUUGCAUACAUUGGAGGACGUGACCAUCGACGUUCCCCUUCAGGGUGGUGACGUUUGUAUGGCAGUUACCGAAUGCACCACUAAUUCGGUACCUCGCAAGGUCAUCUCUCAUCUUUUUGGCCGCAACAAGGUCUGCACUCGUCGCAUUCCGGAGCGUGUCUGGGUUUGCAUGUGUCGCAAGCACUAUCAGAGGAUUCGCUACCGAACCGGUAUCAGAUUCAGCUUCACUCAGAUCAAGCUGGUGUACGAGCAGAUCAUCCGAAUGAUCUUCUGGAGCCGAGGUCUGGAGAAUGCCAGCAGAACUAAUCAGGAGGGCAUAACAAUCCGAUCCUGGACAUUCUCGAUUCGAAGACGUGAGGUUAAGCGCCUGGCGGACACCAACAGUCGGGAUCCCAUCCCUCACUGGAUCACGCAGAGCCUUGGCGAAGGCAAGACGCACGAUGAGAUUCUCGAUGUUAUUGAACGCCUUUGCCAAGAGAUCGAUCACGGCGAUCUCAGAGAAGUUCCUCCUGUCGAGUUCCUCCCAGAGGUUGUUGAUGCUUUCACGAACUCGCAUGCUCAAGUCCAGGCCCAUCGGACAUCGGUCAGCAGUCAAUCCGGCCGUUCGUCUUUGAUGGCCGGGGAGCCAGUUCCAUCCCCCCUCCCAUUUGUCAAGGAAUCGUCGCCCCUCGAACCAGUUCAAGAAGAGGGAUCUGCGAGUGAGCAUUCUAGCCAGCAAUCGUCAUCGUCGGCCACACCUCCUGCUGUUUUCAGCGGAUCUCGACCUGUUCAUCACUCCCGAUCGUAUACCGACGAUAUCUCCAACCGGACUGCUCCCUACUCAUUCGGCUCUCGGUCUCCCCUCGCGAACUCUGGCGUCGGGCCAGGCAGUGAUCGACAACCCAGUCUUGGGUACUAUGACAGUCAGAACCCAACAGCACCUUCAAUGAGCUAUUCCAGUAUUAAUCGUCAUAUGCAGGCGCCGAUGACCGAUCACCGAGGUUCCUGCGAUAACGCCCCUUAUUACCAACAGUCUUAUGGCGGCGAUCACUACGAUGGCCCAAAUGGAUUCGUACUGACUGAUAGAAACCUCUCGAUCCAUACCGCGGCUAUGCCAAUGGUGGCCAGAGCGGAUCAGAUGUAUGGCACCGCAGGCUAUGCUGCCCAACACAGCCGAGACAACCACCAGUUCCUGGCGUCGACAGUCAAUAAUCAACUCACGCCCGCGCCGCUCAACUAUCCCUCUUACGGGACUCCUCCUUCCCAGGCCUCAGGAGCGGAUUACUCGUAUCCAAUCCCGGAAGAACGUCAUUCUCAGUUUAGAAUGAGCGGAGUAGACAACUCACUGCAUCAUUCCAUGACAGACGAACGCCCGUACUCUGAUGCUCCGCGUUCACAAAUCCACCAGCCCUACUGGUUUUCUGCCGAGACUGGGUCGAACACGAGGAUCGGCCGCUCUAUGAACCAAUACCAGCAGUACACAUUGGCUUCCUUUGACCAAGCUAGUCUCCGUUCCUCGCGCCAGUACCCUAAUGAAGAAGUUACAGAGUAUGGCGUUGCUGAUCUGGUUACUGAUGAAGGUGUCCCGACCACGCGAUCAGCAAUGGCCUAUCGUCCAAGAUUCAAACACGGCUACGCAUCUCCCCCCGAGUUCGACGACACUCUCGCUCGAGGCAAUUACCAGGCCUAUCAACACAAUCUUUCAACCAAUGGCGAUGAAGAGAACAUCCACGGUGAUCGAGCUUCUGACAGCAAUCGCCAGUAA